AUGAACCGGCUACCGCCUGUCUCUAGUUUGGUGUCUCCUCCAGAGCCAAAACCCUUCGACAGCUUCAACUCCGACCUCUACUCGCAAUUGCCCUUCUCCCCAUCCGACAAGCUCCCUCCCAUCGCUCCUGAACGAGCCCAACCCCAGUCCGACAUGGACCUGCCGUCGCCACCCGUCACUCCAUACAACGGAAGUAAGAGAAGGCACACCGUUGACGGUGACAAUGGCCAUACGACUUCCAACGCCAUUGCAGGCCCAUCCAGAGACCCCGUCCUCUUCCCGUCCGACAGAAGAUCCUCCCUCCUUGAGCAUGAGCCGCUCUUUGGCCCUGAGUCGGUGCCUGACGCUGAGGCCUUGGUGGAUAAGCACAUUGCUAGCAAGAAAUCGACGGCCAAGGGCAAGUUCCAGCAGCCAACUCGCGAUGAAUACAUGCUCGCCUUGUCAUGUGUCUCCCGUGUGAUCUCCAAUUACAACCGCAAUCCCCGUGCCUACGCCAUACAGGAGCGGAAGAUUUUUGACUACCAAUGGACCCUGGUGCACCCGGGGAAGCAGACGAAGUCGAAGUUGAAGAAGAUCGCCCCCGCCCCCUCUAGGCGUGGUAAUGCCAGCGCUCCUCGCGUGCAAAAGUCACAGAGACCUAAGCGGUCCAGUCCCAAGACAAAAGUCGUCGACUCGUUUGACGCGACUCCUACUCGCAAUCCUCCCAAGCCUCGUGUGAUCGGCACCAACCGCGACGAUACAGAUUACAAUUCUCUUCCAGACUACUGCCCUCCGAUCUCGACCCUCCACGGUACCAAGGGGCUCAAGGCAGACUGGAAAGGCCAGAUGCUUGAUCUCAGCAAUGAUCCCAAUAGGGACGCACUCGAUCCAGCAGAAAUCAAUCUCGCUGCUACCCUUCGCUUGUCGUGUGCCACCUAUCUCUGUAGCAAGCGCCGCAUCUUCCAGGCUCUUCUCAACAAGUUUAGCGAGAACAAGGAAUUUCGAAAGACCGACGCUCAACAAGCUUGCAAGAUCGACGUCAACAAAGCAAGCAAGCUUUGGACGGCCUUUGAACGGGUUGGAUGGUUCAAACGGGAGCAUUUCAUACAUCACCUCGAAAAUUAA